AUGUCCGACAAAGUGACUAUUUUCCUUACCGGCGCGACAGGAUACAUCGGAGGCUCUGUGCUACAGCGCCUACUUGCCCACCCCAACAGGAAGAACUUCGAAAUCACUGCUUUGGUUCGCAACGCAGAGAAGGGGAAGCGCCUUGACAGUGAGUUUGGAGUGAAACCCGUCGUUGGGGCACUCCAAGACCUCGACAAGCUUGCAACUCUCGCGGAGCAUGCACACGUUGUCAUCCACACGGCAGACUGCGACGGCCUGAAUGCCAUUAAUGCCAUCCUGGGCGGACUCAAGGCAAGGCACGAGAAGACGGGCGACUUGCCGCUCCUGAUCCACACCUCUGGAACAGGAGAGCUCAUGGACGACGCGCGCGGCGCAUACGCUUCCGACAAGGUCUACUCCGAUCUCGACAUCGCCGGGAUUGAGGCCCUGCCUCCGACUGCAAUCCACCGCCCGGUCGACCUCGCCGUCGUUGCCGCGGAUGUGGCAGGCUACGCACGUACCCACAUCAUCAUGCCGUCGGUCAUAUACGGCGUUGCCACUGGUCCCCUCUUCGACACGGGCAUCGCGAACUCGCAGACCAUCAUAUUCCCGCUGUACGUGCGGGCCGCGGUCAUCAACGGGCACGUCGCCGUCCUGAACGAGGGCGCGACGCUCUGGGCGGAUGUGCACAUCACUGACAUCACAGACAUGUACAUCCGCAUGUUUGAUGCGCUUCUGAGAACUCCGGAGAAGGUCUCGCACGGACGCGAGGGGUACUUCAUUGGCGAGAACGGCGAGUUCGUCGCGCGCGAGAACCUCCAGACCGUCGCGGACGCCCUCUUCGCCGCCGGGCGCAUCUCUUCGCCGAAGCUCGUGCAGUACUCGGACGCGAACAUUGGGCCGUACUACGGCAAGGCAAUGCCUGCGACGGUCGCUGAGUACGGUGGCCAGAUGAUCGCCCGUGUCGCCUUCGCAAAUACACGAUGCAAGGCUGAGCGGGCGCGCCGCGAGCUCGGGUGGGCGCCCACGCACACAACCAAGGACAUGCUCGCGGGUCUGCCGCACGAGGUGGAAGUCAUCCUCAAGAAGCUUGAUGCGGAGAAGAGUGCAUGA